CGUUGGCAGACAGAUGUGUCCGCGCUGAGAUGAUGAUGCGCCUCAGUGGACGGUUUUGGAGAGCGCGCUGCGCCAAAUGGAACACUUCCUUCCACCUGAUGCGUUUGGGACUUGACUUCUGAUGAACUUUUUCGUUCUUCUUUUCCGCGGACCAUGAACACAUCCCGCCGAUGCAGGACCCUCCUGUCGGUGGGUUUGAACUUCUUCGCUCUGAUAUUUUCCGUCACCGCGUUCAUCACCACCUACUGGUGUGUAGGUACGCAGAGGGUCCCCAAACCAAAAUGCAGCAAGCUGAGGACGCAUCAGUGCAUCGACUACGGGGUCAACGAGACGGACCCCAACAAGGUGGUCUACAGCUGGGAGACCGGGGACGACCGCUUCCUCUUCAGACAGUUCCACACGGGGAUCUGGUUCUCCUGUGAGGAAAACAUCCACGAUGAAAGUGAGAGAUGCAGAAGCUUCAUUGAUUUGGCGCCAGCCUCAGAGAAAGGGAUGCUGUGGCUCUCGCUGGUGUCAGAGAUGCUCUACAUCGUUCUCCUGGUGGUGGGCUUCAGCCUCAUGUGUCUGGAGUUGGUCCACUCCAGCAACGUCAUCGAUGGACUCAAGCUCAAUGCCUUCGCCGCGGUGUUCACUGUCCUCUCAGGUCUCCUCGGCAUGGUGGCUCAUGUGAUGUACACGCAGGUCUUCCAGGUCACCGUCAGUCUGGGUCCGCCUGACUGGAGGCCGUACAACUGGGACUACGGCUGGUCCUUCUGGUGCGUCAUCGUAUCAGCUAUCAGAAGCGAUUUCCUGGAUCAUGCAUGGCCUGGGCUUCCUUCACCUGCUGCAUGGGCGCAUCGGUCACCACCCUCAACUCCUACACCAAGACUGUCAUUGAAUUCCGGCACAAACGCAAGACUUUUGAGCAAAGCAUCCGAGAGGAGCGUGCCCGCGAGGCUUUCGGAUACUUCAGGGACCAUUCGGUGCACUCCAUUUCUAAAGCGGUGGAGGUCUAUUCCAGUCAGUCCCUGAAAAGCGGAAGGAGGACUCCGAUACCAGGCGACUCCAUGGGCUUAAAUGACAUUCGUGAGUCUUUGGGGGAGGAGCAAUGCUGAGAGAGGCUGUUUGUUCACUCUCCUCUCUGGGACAAAUGUUAGAGUAGUUCCCCAUCCAAACUGGUGGGAGUUUAACUUAAGAUGUAACGUCAGGGCACAAUGUUUGAGCCAUGUGAGAACUUAAACGCUGCCUUACUUCAGUUUACACAACAUCAGCGGAGAGAAGAUUGAUUUCAACUGUUUAAAAUGUGAAAAUAAAUCUGAAUAUUGUCAACUAUGUGCUUUUUAAGAUUUAAGGGUCUGACAGCAGCCGGUUUUGAUUGAACCAAAGAACCAAUGAAGACUGGCGCUUAAACAAUUCGAGACAAAAACUAAAAUAUUUUGCUCUGGCACUGAAGCGCUAACCCGACUUCUGAGAAAGGAAACAGCCAACUGCCUUAAGAGGAAACUGAUCUUAAGCCUGCAGCAUUAAUUUAAUGAAAGUUAAUGGAGGUUUGGAGAAGGUGGAAAGUUUUUGCAGAAAAUCUUGUUGUUUUUCUUCCCGAGAACAAACUCCGGCAUCCUGCAAAUUUCUG